GAAACCAACUUAGAAACUCAAGAGAUUCCUGCUGGAAACCAGAAAGUGGUGUGCCAUGAAGAACAUUGCCAUGAAUGAAGACAUGCUCCACAUCUGGGAUCAGAAAGACCAAAUCAGUGCGUUUGAAGAUAAAAACAAGGAAACAAGUGAUUUCAGACUCGUUUGAACUCUCUCAGCUCUUGUUCUUCAAUGAAGAGGAACCUGCGGAUGAAUCCAUCAGCGCCGGUGCUUACGGAGAAUUUCCACUUUACAUGAAGUCUGUAUCAUCAACUGUUCAGAACCAGAUGGAAGACCAACCUCAAGAGAUGAUGAUCCACGCUAAAGAUGAAGAAGCUUCCUCAUGCUUUCAUUCGAUGCGAGCAGCCAAGGUCUCAAACAUCAGACCUUAUGGAAACAAAAGUGCAUCUGGAUCCUGGACCAAACCAGGAGAAGGAAGUUGCACAGGAAGUGCAUGAGCAUAGGGCUUCUACAGUACCUCAGGUAGAGCAGUCGGAGGAAGCGCUCAAAGACGUUCCUGUGGUUCACACCGAGACCAAGACCAUCACCUACGAGUCUGCUGAGGUGGAUGCCAGCGGAGACUCUGAUCCAGGAGUCCUCAUGAGCGCUCAGACCAUCACAUCAGAAACAACAGCACCACCAGCACCACACACAUCACCAAG